AUGGAUGCGAAGGGAUCCGGCGUCAUGGCAGGCGCCCAAGAAGGAGAGGAGACCAGGAACAUCAUGGCCGCCAACGCCGGCGCCAUGACGCUGGUAAGGGAGUACCGGAGGGGAAACUGGACGCUCCCGGAGACGAUGCUGCUGAUCGAGGCCAAGAAGAGGGUGCACGACGACCGGCACCCGGCAGACCAGGGCCUGGCUCGCUGGCGGUGGGUGGAGGACUACUGCUGGCGCGCCGGUUGCCAGCGCAGCCAGAACCAGUGCAACGACCGCUGGGACAACCUCAUGAGGGACUACAAGAAGGUGCGCGCGUACGAGCACGCUGGCGUGGCAGGGAGAGGCGGCGCCCCGAGCUACUGGGAGAUGGCGAGGGCGGAGAGGAAGGAGAGGUGCCUCCCUUCCAACCUACUGCGCGAGAUAUACGAGGGCAUGCGCGAGAUCAUCGAGAGCCGAAGGAUGAGCUGCGGCGGCGCCGGCGUCCUGUUCUUGGGUGCACCGGCCACGACCAACACCAACCCGGUCGACAUCCCCAUGCAGGCCUCCCCGCUCGCCCAAGUCCUGCCCCGACCUUUAGACCAAGAAACGCACUGCACUUCCGAGUCGCCUGAGAGGAAGAGGCUACGACCGUCGCUGGACGGCCUGCCCGGGAGCAGCACGGCAGCAACAGCCUCAGGACACGGCGAUCACCAUCAAGAACCCCAGGGCGACCAGAGCUCCGACGACGAGGAGGAGGACGGCCUGAACGGGGCGAUCGGCCGAUGCGCGGCCAUCCUGUCCGGGGCGCUGGAGAGCCGAGAGGCCGCGGAGGAGCGGCGGCACAGGGAGGUGAUGGCGGUGGAGGAGCGCCGCAACCUCGCCCGGCAGACGCGGCGCGAGGCCGGCGAGCAGUGCAUGGCCGGGUUGGCCGUCGCCGUGAGCCAGCUCGCCGGUUCCAUGCUCGCGCUCGCCGCCAAGCGGAAGGGCCCCGCCGCGCCCAAGUGA